AGUUCCUCAACUCAGGUAGAUCCUGAGGAUAACUACGUGAAACAAGAUAGAAUAGGAAAAGGAUCUUUUGGUGAAGUAUUCAAAGGUUUUGAUAAGAAAACCAAAAACUCUGUAGCAAUCAAAAUAAUUGAUCUUGAACAUGCUGAAGACGAAAUUGAAGAUAUUCAACAAGAAAUAAAAAUUCUUUCACAAAUGGAUUCACAAUAUUACGGUUCUUAUCUCAAAGGAACUCAUUUAUGGAUUAUUAUGGAAUAUUGCUCUGGAGGAUCAUGUUCAGAUUUAAUGAAGCCUGGUGCAUUAAGAGAAGAAUAUGUAGCAAUCAUAUUACGAGAAUUGCUAAAAGGAUUGGACUAUCUUCACUCUGAACACAAACUUCACAGAG